UUCCAUAAAAGCGAUUUAAAGUGUUUAUUCUUGGCGAAUUUUAUAUAAAUUCAGUGCAUUACUUUGUGCUUAUCAAAAUGUAACAUGUGAAAGCAACCAGUGUACAGUGUAAGAAGUACAAUUCAUACAUAUAGUUUGCAACAAUAUUAAAAACACCGUCAGAAACAAUAAAAAACAUUCCAGUGAAAGGUGCUCGAUCAGAACGCGUAAGCGGCUUCAAAAUUCCGCGGCGCUUACGCCUUUUGUGAUACUCAAACGCCGUGAUCGUACAGCGCUGCGGAGCAUUUAGUAGCGUGUCGUUUGCCUCAAUCGGCUUGAAGAUAACGCCAUACAGAGCAGUAAGGAGCCUUUAAUAGCGUGCAAAUUUAAUUAAUCGUAAAAAAUGCAUGAAAAUGCAAAUCACAGUGUGUACGAUGCGGUCAAGUGCGCGGGUUGUGAUGACCCAUUAUACAUAAAUGAAAAAUUGGACUGUUCAAAAUGCCAUUUAGCAUUCCAUUACCAAUGCUGCCGUAUAGAUGAAUUGCAGUUCAACAACCUUACAUUCACCCAGAAGGCAGGCUGGAUUUGCCCAAAUUGUUAUGGCAGUGCAAGAAAAGGGGAAAACCAAAAUACACCGAUCCGAAACCAAUUUAUGUUAGAGGCCGCGGCGCAGCUAACCGAUGUCGACAUGAAGACUCCUGUAUCAUGGGUAACCCAAAGGCAAAGAAGUAACAAAGAACACGCCGAUCAAUCUCAAUCAAGGCUGUUGUAUCAAUCUGGUAAUAGAAGUCAUCAAUGCCUAACAAAAGAAGACGUCCGCGAUGUCGUUUGUACGGAGUUACGCAACAUUUUGUCAGAAGAAAUAACCAAAGUGUUAAAUCGAAGUGUGUCAGCUCAUCUGCAGGAUGUGAAGGCAGAGAUAACGGGUCUAAAGGAAGAGAUAGGCAAAGUUAAGGAUUCCAUGGACUUCAUCAAUCUUCAAUUCGAGGAUAUCAAGAAGGACACACAUCAUACGUCACAAGAGUGCAAGCGUCUGACGAGGGAGGUGGAAGUCCUACAAGCUACAAACACAGAACUAAAUCAACGCAUUACUCAAAUAGAACAGCAUUCACGUGCUUGCAACGUUGAAAUUCAAUGUUUGCCUGAACACCGAUCUGAAAACUUAGUGACGGUAAUUAUGCAGUUAGCAAAAACAGUGUCCUGCGACAUAAAAGAAGAUGAUAUCCAUCACUGCACUAGAACAGCUAAAUUAGAUGCAGCUAGCUCGCGACCGCGCUCAGUAGUAGUACAGAUGAAAAGUCCCAUAACACGCGACAGACUACUUGCGUCAGUGAUUAAAUUCAAUAAAACCCACAAGGAUGACAAACUCAACUCUAGCCAUCUUGGCCUUGGUGGCGAUAAGGUCCCUAUAUAUGUAGCGGAGCACCUUUCGCCGUACAAUAGGGAAUUGCAUAAGGCGGCAAGAAAAGCAGCAAAAGAUAAGAAUUACAAAUUUGUUUGGGUUCGAAGCGGCCGGAUCUUUAUUCGCAAAGACGAAACGUCGCAAGCCAUUGUUCUGAAAGACCUGUCUUCAAUUAGUCGCCUGUUAUAAGUGGCAUCUUUAGUUUUCUCUUUAUUUAACUUUUAGUGCAUGAUUUUUAAACUAUUGUUUUUCUCGUGAAUAAAUUAACUCUGUACUAUCAAAAUUCUAGAGGGUUGAACACUAAAACCAUAGACUUUCUAUGCAAUGUUUCUGUUAAUCAAUACGAUAUCAUUUGUAUCACUGAAACGUGGCUACAGGAUAAUAUAAGUGAUGGUGAAUUGUUCGAUGACAGAUAUAACGUGUACAGGCGUGCACGAAAUAUUGAUAGUCCAUCAGCUAAAAAAACUGGCGGAGG